AUGUAUCGUUCUGUAAGAUACGUUAGUACCCUACAUAAAUAUCAGAAAACACUUUUACUGCCCAAGACUAAGUUUCCAGUAAGGUCCAAUCUUCAGAAGACCGUUAACCAAUUGAUUCCAAAAUCUUGUGAAGAUCUCUACAAAGUUCAAUUGGCUGACUUCUAUAAGAAAUUUGAAAAAUUAGAAGAUAAUAAAUCUAGGGAAGCUUUUGUUAAGGAAAAUUUAUGGAUUUUAUUAGAUGGUCCACCUUAUGCAAAUGGUGAUCUACAUUUUGGUCAUGCUUUAAAUAAAAUAUUGAAAGAUAUUAUUAAUAGAUUCCAAUUAACUCAGGGGAAAUGGGUUUAUUAUAAACCUGGUUGGGAUUGCCAUGGUCUUCCUAUAGAAUUAAAAGCUUUAAAACAGAUUCCUAAAGACAAACUGGAUUUUAUAUCACCGUUGAAGGUAAGAUCAUUGGCUCGUGGUUUAGCUAAAACGGCCAUUAAAAACCAAAUGAAUCAAUUUAACAAUUUUGCAAUAAUGACAAAUUGGAAUGAUAAUUAUUUAACAAUGAAUCAUGAUUAUGAAGUUAACCAGUUAAAAAUCUUCAAAAAAAUGUUCCAAAACAAUUUGAUUAUUAGAAGUUGCAAACCUGUUUAUUGGGGCACAGAAACUAAAACUGCCUUAGCUGAAAGCGAAUUGGAAUAUAAUGAAAAGCAUCACUCUGUAGCUUCAUUUGUAAAAUUUCCCUUGAUUGAUGCAUCUGUAAAUAAACUUUCUGAAGCAUUAAAUAUUAAUUUAGAUCUCAAUUCUAAAGUUCAACUUUUAAUUUGGACGAGUACGCCAUGGACAAUUUUAGCAAAUAGGGCCAUUUGUUGUAAUGAAGGAUUUACAUAUAGUCUAUUGAAAAACAAAUCCUUCCCCACAGAAUAUAUUAUUUUGAAACAUGAUUCAGAUCUAUUAAUAAGUGAUCGGAAAUUAGCUGAGAAUUAUUCGAAAAUUGCUGAUUUUGAAGGCUUAAAGCUUUUAAAUCUUAACUAUACUAACCCAACAUAUGGUACUUCCUUAGAAGAGAAUAAGACUAUUUAUCCGAUCUUACAUGGUGAUCAUGUUACCAACACCAUGGGUACUGGAUUGGUUCAUACUGCUCCUGGGCACGGUGAAGAUGAUUAUUUACUUGGUUUGAAAAAUAAUUUAGAAAUAUUCUCACCAAUUGAUCAUGAGGGACGUUACAUUUUAGAUAAGUUUCCAUCGAAUUUACGAGAAAUAUUAGAAGAUAAAGAAGCUUCAAAGAAUAGUGAAGUCACUGCCGGACCCAAAAAAGGUCUUAUGGUAUUGGAUCCAGCUACUACUAAAACCAUUUUGAAAUUAUUAGAGAACGCGAAUAUGCUGUUUUCGUCUCAUGAUUAUAUACAUUCAUAUCCGUAUGACUGGAGAUCGAAAAAACCUGUUAUAAUUCGUUCAACGCCUCAAUGGUUUACUACCCUGGUUGAUGUAAAACCUACUGCGUUAGAAUCAAUGGAUAAAGUUGAAUUUUUUCCCAAGCGUGGACAUACCAGAUUAAGGUCCUUCAUAAAAAAUAGAAAUGAGUGGUGCAUAUCUAGACAAAGAUAUUGGGGUGUUCCGAUCCCAGCAUUCCAUAGUAAGUCAAACCCAGAUGAAGUACUAAUGAAUGAAGAAACAAUUGAUCACGUGAUCAAAAUGAUUAAUGAGAAGGGAACAGACUCAUGGUUUCAAAAUAGUUCAGAUGAUGAUAUGAAACUAUGGUUACCGGAUAAAUAUAAACACUUAGCUGAUAAAUUUUAUCGUAGCAAAGAGACUAUGGAUGUUUGGUACGACAGUGGGACGGCAUGGACAGAAAUUAUUAAUUUUUAUCAAAAUAAAUUAAAAAUUAAAAAUAUUCCAAAUCGAUUAGCUGAUGUAGUAUUAGAAGGUUCGGAUCAACAUAGAGGCUGGUUUCAAAGUUUGUUAUUAACUUCAACAGCUAUUUCUAAAGGAGAAUUCCUUCCAUUUAAACAAGUCAUUACUCAUGGAUUCACUUUGGAUGAAGCUGGGAGAAAAAUGUCCAAAUCAAUUGGGAAUAUCAUACCACCGAAGUCAUUCAUUGAAGGAGAUACUGAGAAAAAUUUACCUGCCUUAGGAGUGGAUGGGUUAAGAUAUUUAGUUGCCCAAUCAGAUUUUUCAACUGAUAUUAUUACAAGUCAACAAAUUAUGAUGAGAGUUUCUGAAUCUUUGAAAAAAAUUAGAUUGACAUUUAAAUAUUUAUUGGGUAACUUACAAGAAUAUUCUUCUGAACCUCUCAGACUGGGUGAACUACGACCCAUCGAUCUAUAUAUGCUGGCUAAGUUAGAUGAUCUCUUGAAAGAAAGUAAGGCUAAUUAUGAGAGUUAUAGUUUUUCGAAAAUUCUAACUUCUAUUCAGUUCCAUAUUACAAAUGAAUUAUCAUCAUUUUACUUUGAUAUCUCCAAAGAUUCUUUAUAUUCCGACUCAAUCAACUCUUCAAAGAGAAAACAAAUUCAAACUGUAUUGUCACGCGUACUAUUUACAUAUGUCACUAUUUUAAUGCCAAUACUACCUGUUCUUGUUCAAGAAGUUCUAGAUUAUAGCCCAAAAUCACAAGAUUUAAGUAGUAAUGCAAAGAGAAUGAGUGAACUAAAAUGGCCAGCUCCUUAUGAGAUUAAUAAAAAUGAGGUUCUCAAGUUCGAACAAAACGAAUUAGUAAUUCUUCAAGAAUAUAAAAAGAGUUUUAAUGAAUUAAACGUUAACAAGACCACGACAACUAAAGUCACGAUAUAUUCUCAUUCAGGCACAUUACCUUUUACAGAGGAUGAAUUAUGUGAUAUUUUGCAAGUGGGCUCAAUAGAAUUUCAAUUGAAUAUAACUGUUUCUAACAAUGAACUGUCUGGUAAAAAAAUUUCAAUUAAAGAUGAAAAUAAUAAUGAUAUUGACAUUAUAAUGGCUGUAGAAGAAAGCGAAUAUCAUGUUUGUCCAAGAUGUUGGAAAUCCAAUUCUAAAGAGGAGGAACAAUUAUGUUCUCGUUGUGAAAAAGUUAUUCAAGAAACUGGGAUAGAUUUGUAA